AUGGCCGAGCCGCCGUUCUUCUCCUCGCAGGGGAGCGAGUAUGAGCGACAUCAGAUCAUCGAAGAGGUGGAGAACAUCCAGUUUCCCAGCCUGAAGCCCAAGAAGCCUCCCACCGUCACCCCGAAAAGAUUCAAGAAGUUCUUCACCCCCCGAGCAAGUCUUUCCGCCAGAAAUGCGAGGCAGAGCAAGGCUGGCCGUCAACUCAGGGACAUUACCAAGAAUGGCGCCAAUCUUCGCAGACAUACACCGCCAACCGACAGACUCGCCUUUGCCGACACCCAGCACACUUCCUUCCGGGCCCACAAGCGCCAGAAAUGCUCUGUCGAUCUUUCUAGCUCGCCGGCUCAGUCAUCGCCACUGAAACGUAUGCAGACCGCAGAGCAGUUCGCCGUGUAUGCGGAUCCCCCUUCCCCGCUGCUCUCCGAUGACGAAGACGUCCUCGACCUGGCGGACGAGUUGCAGAUCUUCGCGAAGCCAAUCCGACGUCUUCGCCAGUCUGGUCACGGCCAGCGCCUUUUGCAGCGGAGCUUUGGCUAUGAUGAUGCCGCCUUGCAAAGACCAAAGGGCUACGCACACUGCGCGGACUGGAGAUCAGAGACCACACGAUUUGUUUCGACGCCAGGGGACAUACAUCGCUACGGCGGUGCUCCUUUACCUUUCUGCGUUGCAAAUUGCAACACCAACUCCCUCGUGGCGAUUGGAGAUGAAGAGGGUGGCGUGCGUCUUAUCGACUCUGCACCUUCUUCAGACUUCUCGCGUGCUCAUGUAUCCUUUCGACCACACCACAACGCAGUGAUGGAUAUUGCCUUCAGCUCAGACGAUUACUUAUUAGCGACUGCAAGCGGCGACCAAACUUCUCGAAUCAUCGAUAUGCACACGCAACACGCGGUCUGCAUUUUGUCCGGGCACAAGAGCAGUGUUAAGCAAGUUCGCUUCCAACCGAACGACGAUAAUAUCCUCACCACAAGUAGCCGAGACGGGAGCGUGUUGUUAUGGGACAUGCGAUGCGGCGGUCGGGGUUCGGUGGCGUCUUUGCGGACCGCCUUCGCUCGGAAUGUCGACAACGGAGGUUUGGAGCCUUCCGUUAGGUACUCCAAAUACUCUCUGGAUGCAGCCAGCGCACAUCGGUCGCUCAAAAGAGCACCGUCCCGCGCCUCUGGCUCCGAUCAAACAGAGGCCGGCGGUGUUUCCAUCACAGCAAUCCAGCACCUGGGCAACGGUCGCGAGCACCUACUGCUGACGACAAGCGAAGUCGACUCGUCCAUCAAACUGUGGGACCUUCGCAAUGUCGGCCGGCGCUCUUCCAACGCUCUUGCAGCGAGCACACCUGUUCCCGUCAACCACGUUCGAAACUACGGAAUCAGCGCCAUGGCUCUCUCCGGCGACGGGGCCAGGCUGUACACGGUGUGCAGAGACAGCAUUGUAUACGCCUACUCUACGAAUCACCUGGCACUUGGAAAUGCGCCACACACGUCGACUACCAAUAACAACAAAGCCCGCAUGGCCGCGCCUACGACAUCAGGUCUCGGCCCGCUGUACGGGUUCAAGCACCCAGCUCUCAGGGUCGGCACGUUCUAUGUCAAAGCCGCAAUCCGACAGGCGAGAGGAGACAAGAGCGAGGUCCUCGCUGUCGGGAGCUCAGAUGGUCACGCUGUCCUCUUCCCGACCGAUGAACAAUACUUGCCAAAACGACUACCCUCAAUCAACGACACGGAUGAGGACGACGAAGCAGCCCUCCCGUCUUUUCCGACAGCAAAAUCUAAAGCUGAAUUCCCAAUCCAUCAGCACGGGACUGCCCUCGUUCGUGGCCACGGCCAGGAGGUCACUUCAAUUGCUUGGUCUCACGACGGAGAGCUGGUUACCAUUGGCGACGACUUCAAAGCACGGUGCUGGCGCGAGAAUGAUGAAAAGGCACGACAUUUACGCGGGUGUGGCGAGGGGCAAGGACUGAGAUGGGGCUGUGGGUGGGCCGACGUGGACUCUGCAUGGGAUGAAGACGAUGGAUGA